AUGUAUCACUGGGACAAGCUAUACUGGAUGAUAUUAAGAAGUAUUUUCCUACUCCUGAAGUUGGUGAGGAUCAUGAUGUACAAGAUAAUACUAGUACUAAUGAAAUCAAGACACCAACUAAUGCUCAAUCUGUCACAUCUAGUCCUUCUGAUGGAGCAGUUGUUAGUAACUCAUCUUCUUAACCUUUAUCACCUCAAGAAUUUUAAAUCAAUGAAGACUUCUUACACAAGGAUGUUUUACGAUGUUAAUAAGAUAUUAAAAGGAAAAUUGGACGUGAAUGACAUCAAGGAAUUCCUGUCUUAUUAUAGUGUUACCUUUCGUAAGAAAGUAGAGCAGUGUUCAGAUAUUUCUAGCAUCCUUCAUCAUGUUAAAGACGAGUGUUCUCUGACGGACAUCGAACUGCUUCAUAGCAUAGUGGAAGAAAUUGCUGAAGCUAAGGAAUACAUUGAGACAUAUAGAGCAGAGUUAAAGGAAUUUUACAAAUCAAUCUCAGUUAGUCUUUGUCUGGAAGAAAAUUUGGCUCUGUUCCUCUGAAAUGUGAAACGGCAAUUUUUAUCUUUGAUUGGAAGCCGGAAGAUCAUAUGUUAAAGGAUAUCAAGGGUGUAUUGUCUAAAGUGUCCGGUAAAUUGCUGAUCAUUAAGUAUAUAGAGUCUGGUAAUUCCAUAACUGUCACUUGCUCCUUUCCUUUCUCUGAUGUUGGGUUUACUGUAUUGAGGAUG